AUGACUCCAACCUCAUUUUCCGACCCAUCGUCGCGGCCUCUCUAUUUCUUUUUUUUUUCUUCCAACCCGGAAUCCUCUUUCGCCACUCCUCCAUUUCCCCGCGAUAUCCUGCAAAUUCUUUGCAGAAGAGAAGCGAAUUCUACUGCGCACGUGCAAAGACUCUUUGCGUCAUCUCUUUUCAAUCUCUCCCUUCUUUUCGUUGGAAGCAAACGCUUUCCCUCUCUUUCUUUCUUCGUCUCAGUCUCUUUUCUGCCAGGCUACCUACCCACUAUAGCUCUGCCCUCGAUGCUCCGAAGUCGCCAGGCGACAUUCAGGGCCGCAAAGGCCCUGCAGCAGGCUCGUGCCUUUACGUCCACGACGACGCCCAUCACCGUGACGGCUCAGAAGAAGGUUCCUACCGGCCAGAGGAAUCAGGCGACUGCGAGCGCCGCGCCACAAGUUCGCCCCGUACCGAGCCCUGCCUUCAACCAAGAAGACAAAGACCGAAGCCAUGUGCAGCCUCUCGUCAACACGCGCAGGCCUGAUAUGGAUGAAUCAUUCAUUGGCAAAACCGGAGGAGAAAUCUUCCACGAAAUGAUGCUGCGACAGGGGGUCAAGCACAUCUUCGGAUAUCCUGGCGGUGCUAUUCUCCCAGUUUUCGACGCCAUUUACAAUUCAAAACAUUUCAACUUCAUUCUGCCCCGUCAUGAGCAGGGAGCCGGCCACAUGGCCGAGGGCUAUGCCCGCGCAUCGGGCAAACCCGGUGUCGUCUUGGUGACUUCUGGCCCUGGUGCUACCAAUGUCAUCACGCCCUUGCAGGACGCCUUGUCGGAUGGAACUCCCCUGGUUGUCUUCUGCGGCCAGGUCCCCACUUCAGCUAUUGGCAGCGAUGCGUUCCAAGAGGCAGAUGUCGUGGGAAUCUCGCGUGCUUGCACUAAGUGGAAUGUCAUGGUAAAGAGCGUUGCUGAGCUGCCACGGAGAAUUAAUGAGGCUUUCGAGAUUGCCACUAGCGGCCGCCCUGGCCCUGUUCUUGUUGACCUGCCCAAGGAUGUCACAGCUGGUAUCCUGAGAAGAGCCAUUCCCACGGAGACUGCUCUGCCCUCUCUGCCCAGCGCCGCCUCUCGCGCCGCUAUGGAGCUGAGCCAAACGCAGCUCAAUGCUUCCAUCAAGCGUGCUGCUGACCUCAUCAACCUUGCUAAGAAGCCCAUCAUUUACGCUGGCCAAGGUGUCAUUCAAUCUGAGGGUGGCACUCAGCUCCUAAAAGAGCUGGCUGAGAAAGCUUCCAUUCCUGUCACCACAACCCUCCAGGGUCUGGGCGCAUUUGAUGAGCUGGAUGAGAAGUCGCUGCACAUGCUGGGCAUGCACGGCUCAGCAUAUGCCAAUACAGCUAUGCAGCGAGCUGAUGUUAUCAUUGCUCUUGGCGCCCGAUUCGACGACCGUGUCACCCUAAACGUUGGCAAGUUCGCCCCUGCAGCCAAGCAGGCUGCUGCUGAGGGCCGUGGUGGUAUCAUUCACUUUGAGAUUAUGCCUAAGAACAUCAACAAGGUCAUCCAGGCAACAGAGGCCGUGGAGGGUGACGUUGGUGUCAACAUGAAGCUCCUCAUUCCCCAAGUUAACAAGAAGACCAUGUCCGAUCGGAAAGAGUGGUUUGGCCAGAUCAAUGAGUGGAAGAGGAAAUGGCCUCUGUCACACUACCAGCGAGCUGAUCGAACCGACAUGAUCAAGCCUCAAACUGUCAUGGAGGAGCUCAGCAAUCUGACAGCAGACCGAAAAGAGGAGACAUACGUUGCUACUGGUGUCGGCCAGCACCAGAUGUGGGUGGCCCAGCACUUCCGCUGGAGACAUCCCCGAUCUAUGAUCACCUCGGGUGGCCUGGGUACUAUGGGCUAUGGCCUUCCUGCGGCUAUUGGUGCCAAAGUGGCUCAGCCUGAUGCUCUCGUCUUUGACAUUGACGGCGAUGCUUCCUUCAACAUGACCCUGACUGAGCUGUCGACCGCCGCACAGUUCAACAUUGGUGUCAAGAUCAUUGUCCUGAACAACGAGGAGCAGGGUAUGGUGACUCAGUGGCAGAACCUCUUCUACGAAGACCGAUAUGCACACACACACCAGAAGAAUCCUGACUUUAUGAAGCUGGCUGACGCCAUGGGCGUGCAACACCUGCGCGUCACCGAGCCCGCUAAGCUGGUUGAUGCCCUGAAGUGGCUGAUCAAGGCCGAGGGCCCUGCUCUCUUGGAAGUUGUGACAGACAAGAAGGUGCCCGUCCUGCCCAUGGUGCCGGCCGGAUCAGGCCUGGAUGAGUUCCUCGUGUUUGAUGAUGCAAAGGAUAAGAAACGGCGUGAGCUGAUGAAGGAAAGAACACAGGGUGUACACUCUUAA